AUGGCGUCGUUAAAAGAAAGGCGAAAUUUUCGUAAACGACGUUGUUCUUCAUCUUCCGAAAGUGAUAGUGAGAAUGAAGAGGCAAACACUGAAACAACGGGAAUCACAUAUUCAGUUGAUGACAUAAAAAACUUACAAAAACUUCGAGAGAAACCAAAAGGUGUUAAUGCAGUCAGUUUAGCCUUUGGUAAGAAAACAAAGAAAGAAGAAGUUGAAGCUAAUGAUCCUUUCAAAAUGAAAACUGGUGGAAUGGUUGACAUGAAAGUCCUGAAAAGUGGCACGUCAUUACAAGGAGAAGAUAUAGAAUCCAUUGGUACAGCUUUUGCUGCUGAAACGAACAUUCGAGAUGAAGAUGCUGAAAUGUUAAAAUAUGUUGAAGAAGAACUUGCCAAAAAGAAGGGACAUCAUACGUUUCGAGCACAGGAGAAAAAUGUUCCUGCUGAAGAUGCUCUCUAUCAACUUCCUGAUAAUCUUAAGGUCGAAUCCUCAACCAAGAAGAGUGAAGAUAUGUUGUCCAACCAGAUGUUGUCUGGAAUUCCUGAAGUAGAUUUGGGAAUAGAAGCCAAGAUCAGGAAUAUUGAACACACAGAGGAUGCGAAACAGAAACUGAUACAAGAGAUGAGAAAGAAGAAAGACAGUGAAGUUUCAGAAUUUGUCCCUACAAAUAUGGCUGUCAACUUUGUACAGCAUAAUCGCUUCACAAUUGAAGAGAAUGGACCCAGGCUUAAAGAUGAUCAAUCAGCCUUGAAACCAAAACUACUGAGAGUUGGAGAUGCAGAGAAAAUAGGCAAAGAUACUGAGAAAGCCUCCCACAGAGCAGCUGUUGAACCAGAAGAGAAGGCCACUGAUGAUUUCCAUUAUGAACGAUUUAAAAAGCAGAUGCGAAGAUACUAA